UCACUCUUCAUAUUAGGGUUUUUACUUUGUGUUGUUGAAGCUCCGAAAUGGCUCUCAAGGCUGAUCUUUGCAGUGUUAUGCAUGCUGAGAUGAUCCCUGGGAAGGGUUUAGGGUUUAAUUAUUCUAGCUCACGGAUGUUCAGUAAUCUGAACUUCAGAAAUGAUGCUUGGACAUCCUUGCCAUAUUUAUCCUUGAGAAAUCAGAAACAGUAUCCCAAGUAUAACACGUCUGCUCAACAAGUUGCAGAACGGAAUGCUGUACUAGUGAAGCCUUUAAAAGUUGAGGACCGUUCCUUAAAAGUUGAGGAGGCUAAAGAGCCAGCUUUGACGGUCCCCAGACAAGGCCAGCCUUGCACAACAAGAGUUGUCUCAGUUGACACUCUUUUUGGCCCAAGAGGUGCCAUCGGGGAGAUUUGUCAUAUUGUACUAGAUCACGGAGGCAAUUUUAAUUUCGAGGAAGGGCAUUAUCUUGGAGUAAUUUUACCACCGAAUGACAAUGAUGGUUCAGGCCAAACCCGAACUCGAGUUAAAUUCGACGAUUUCUCGGUUGCAUCAUGCAGAGAUGGAGAUGCUUUUGGUGGCAAGAGACUCAGUUUAUGUGUUCGUCGUGCAGAACUAUCACCAGACAGUGUCAGUAACUUUCUCUGUGACAGACAAGAAGGAGAUGAAGUUGAAAUUAUAGGUCCUUUUGGAUAUAAAAUGAUAUGGCCAAAUGAUCUAGAAGCCAAACAUAUCAUGAUUGCAACAUCAACUGGUAUCGCUCCUUUCCGUAGCAAUCUCCAACAUGUGUUUGUAAAUCCGUACUCACAAGUCGCAUUCAAUGGACUGACUUGGUUGAUUGCUGGGGCUGACAACGGAAAUAGCCUCCUUUACAAUGGGGAGUUCACCCAAAUCCUGGGGACCCACCCCAUCCACUUCAGGUAUCAGAAGGCCUUGGCUGACCAUAACACCACUGUAGCUGACGUCAUCUACCAAAAUGGUGAUCAAAUCUUCUCACUUUUGAAUGGAGGUGCAUAUAUAUACUUUGCUGGAUUACAGACGAUGAUGCCUGGAAUUCUGAAGACGUUUGAGAGAAUUGCUCAGGAAAGAGGUGAGAAUUGGGCAGACACGCUAGCCGAGCUGGUAAGAAAUGAUCAAUGGCGUGUUGAAGUUUACUAGAUAACUUCAAUGCAAUGGUUUUAUGCUUAAAUUGGUGGCCAUGACUUUGAACAAUGUCUUUUCAUUUAUUAUUAGUAAAUAAUUAAGUGCCACCUGGAUGAUUUGUAAGUCGAUCUUGUCAAAAUAUUAAUAAUGUAUUUUGUGUGGGAUGUUGUUUAA